CUGAACACUUCCUGUUAGAUUCACGUUGGAAGUAAACAUAAAAACAAAAUAUUGCAAAUUAAAAUAAAAACUUUUAACAAAGAAACAUGGUUCGAAAACUUAAGUUCCACGAAAAAAAAUUGCUUAAAAAAGUAGAUUUCCUAGCAUGGGAAGUAGAAAAUAAUUUACACGAAAUUAAAGUAAUGAGGAAAUUUUUCAUUCAGAGGAGAGAAGAUUACACGCUGUACAACAAAUUAUCCCGUCACAUUAGAGAGGUGGCCAGACAGAUUAAAGAAAUGGACCAGAAUCAUCCCAGGAGGAUUGAGUUCACUCACCAGCUGUUAGAGAAAUUACAUUCAAUGGGCCUGAUCCCCACCAAACGUAGUUUAAGUCUGGCUGAUCGCAUCACCGCAUCAUCGUUCUGCAGGCGGAGACUACCCGUGUUGAUGGUUAGAAAUCACAUGUCCGAGACACUGAAAGCCGCCACAACCUUUAUAGAACAGGGUCACGUUAGAGUUGGCCCCCAUGUGAUUGAUGAUCCAGCAUACCUGGUCACACGGAGUAUGGAAGAUUUUGUUUCCUGGAAGGACACAUCAAAAAUAAAGAAACACGUCCAGGAAUAUAAUGAUUUGGUAUGUACAACACUGAAAAUCCGUAGAGUAAGAGAUGACUUUGACCUGGCAUAG